AUGGGAGACACCGCCGUCCAGCCCCCAAUCAACGCCAUUGCUCCUUCGCUGAAAGCGACUCCCGCCGAUGCCAUUCCUGAUAUCGACUCUUUGGAGGGCUGGGGAGUCAAUGAUGCCGAUGAAUAUACUGUUUUAAAAAGGCUACAGCGACAUCUGGAGUACAUAAAUUUACAGGAAGAAUAUAUCAAAGAUGAGCAAAGGAGUCUUAAGCGCGAACUUGUCAGAGCCCAGGAGGAGAUCAAAAGAAUACAGAGCGUUCCCUUGGUCAUCGGACAAUUUAUGGAAGCUAUUGAUCAGAACACCGGUAUCGUACAGUCGUCCACCGGUUCAAAUUAUGUCGUUCGAAUUCUCUCAACCCUUGACCGAGAGAAGCUAAAGCCUUCGUCCUCCGUCGCCCUCCACCGUCAUUCCAAUGCCCUCGUUGAUAUCCUCCCUCCUGAAGCCGACUCAUCCAUUGCUAUGCUUGGUGCGAGCGAAAAGCCCGAUGUCACCUAUGCCGAUGUUGGUGGACUGGAUAUGCAGAAACAGGAAAUCAGAGAAGCCGUCGAAUUGCCUUUGACGCAUUUUGACCUGUACAAACAGAUUGGAAUCGAUCCACCUCGAGGUGUACUUUUAUAUGGCCCCCCCGGAACGGGCAAAACCAUGUUGGUGAAGGCCGUGGCGAACAGUACAACCGCCAAUUUUAUCCGCGUCGUUGGCUCCGAAUUCGUGCAGAAAUAUCUUGGUGAAGGACCUCGCAUGGUCCGAGACGUUUUCCGGAUGGCGCGCGAAAACUCGCCAGCCAUCAUCUUCAUUGACGAGAUCGACGCUAUCGCGACAAAGCGAUUCGACGCCCAAACAGGUGCAGAUCGCGAGGUGCAGCGUAUCCUACUCGAACUCCUCAACCAGAUGGAUGGAUUCGACCAGACCAGCAAUGUCAAAGUCAUCAUGGCCACCAACCGCGCCGACACCCUUGAUCCCGCCUUGCUUCGACCUGGCCGCCUGGAUCGAAAGAUUGAAUUCCCUUCCCUUCGUGAUAGACGUGAGCGCCGUUUGAUUUUCGGCACGAUUGCGUCGAAAAUGUCAUUAUCGCCGGAAGUAGACCUGGACUCUCUCAUUGUGCGUAAUGACCCGUUGUCCGGCGCCGUGAUUGCGGCCAUUAUGCAGGAAGCUGGCUUGCGUGCCGUUCGUAAGAAUCGAUACAACAUCAUCCAAUCUGAUCUUGAAGACGCAUAUUCCAGCCAAGUCAAGACAGGACAAGAUGCAGACAAAUUUGAUUUCUAUCGUUGA